GAGUAAAUGUGUUUGGGUCGUGCCCACAAUCGGGAAUGAUGGGGAGACCCCUCACCCCGCAGGCCCGGCUGGCACAAGCAGCGAGAACGAGGAAUCAAGCCAAGGCCAGUGCCAGCCAAGAGCCUCCGAGGAGGGAGCCCGAACCGGGGAAAAGAAAGGAGGCUGUGGAAGUGGAGGAUGACGACAAUGAGGAGGAAGAGGACGAGAGGCUACGCAGAGAAGAGGAUCAGAGAGCGGAGCAGCGGGCAAGGCAAAAGGGAGUCAGGGGAGAGGUCGAGCCGGUUGUGCGCGACGGACCGCCCAAAAGGAAGGGGUUUGACGUGGAGAAAAUGAUCGAUCGGCUACUAGAAGCGCAUAAUGACUUCAUGACUCUGAAGGAAAUUCUGGCGACAACCCCGCGACUCCGCGAUGAAUUGAAAGGGAGGUUGUCACGACGGUUGGUGGUCAACGUCCAUCUAGGCACGAUUCUGCCCAAGGAGGCAGAAUGGGCGGAGUCAGGCACGAAGAUGGAUUGGAAGUGCGUGGCCUGCGGCACAGUGGAUUUAGUGGUGAAGGGAUCCAAGUGUGCAGCAAUGGUGGACACCGGGGCAGAAAUGAACAUCAUCCGGGAGGCGGAUGCUAUCAGAUUCGGGCUGGACAUAGACCGAUCUGACGGUGGUAUUUUGCACCGAGCCAGCUGCAAGGCCGUGUUUUGUGGGACAGCCUCGAAUGUACUCAUCGAGGUUGGAAAAGUGAAGGCCCGAGCUUGCUUCUUCAUCAUGCCGGACGUGGAGCAUGGGAUCCCCCUAGAGAGGUCUGACUUUACGAAGACAGCUAUGCCAAGAGGAGGGAAGGGGACACGGCCGCCUCAGAGGUCGUUGGGAGCAUCAGGAGGAUAUGAGCGGCAUGAGCUUCGCCAUCGAGAGAGUACUCCGGUGUACGAUGAUGGGGACAUCGAGCUAUUCCUGGAUAGCUUCUGGGAUCAUGCGAGGCGUAUGGGCUGGACCGUGGCCCAGGCGAUUGAGAGACUGAGGGGAGCAGGCAGAUUUGAGGAGCCCGUCGCGCGGAUCCGUAGGGAGGCGACGACGAGAUCAGAGGUGGAGUGGAGGAUGCAGGAGCUGCGACCCUCGCCUGUGGGACCUGAUGGCAGGCCGAUCCGAUUGGAGAUUGGAAAUGCGUCGGACUUCAUCCCCGCGUUUGAGUGGUUCAUGCAGGGGCAGGGUAUACCGAGAAAUGAUUGGAUGCAGACGCUACCACUCUGGACCAGGAAGGCGGAAAGGCCACUGGCUAGCCAAGUCAGAAGCAUGGCCCGGGACUGGGAGAGCUGCAGGGCAUAUCUGAGAGAGGCCUUUCGACGGCCAGAGCCCCCUCAGCCCAGAGUUGAGAGGCGUCAGAGGAGUCAGAGGCAGAGGGACCCUGAGCCAAGGAAGGCGAGACCAUCUCGAGAAGGACGAAAGGCCCUAGCUAAGAGAGAGGAGGAGCCAGAGCCUGAGGCUGAGGAGCGAGGCGCGUACCCUGAGUGUGGGUUGGGACCGGUAGAGUUCCAUCGUUUUGCCGAAGGUGAAUUGAGGAGGUCGCCAACACGUACACAGGAGGGGCCGCCAGCGUAUGAGGAGCCUUUGAGGGAGUUGGAAGCGCACUUGGAUAUCUCUCAGUGGAGAGUGUCACCUCGGGGUGAGGAGCGUGGAGAGCAGGCAGAGGAGGUGCCACGAGAGGAAGUGCCACGAGAGGAGGUGCCGCAGGAGGAGGUCCAGGACACUCAGCGAGAGAGAGGGCUGGACGAUGAGGGGAGACGUGCAGGGAAGGAAGUGAUAGAGGUUGGAGAGGACACGCCCCCUCAGACGUCGACGGUGGGUUUAAGACUCGGGGAUGCACAAGGGAGCACUCGCCAGGCGGGGGAGAGGUUACAGAGAGAGGAGGCCCCAUUACCUUCAUCAGAAAAGACUCCUUCGCCAGAGGAGAGAGCAGAAAGGAGGAGAGAGAGGGCAGCUGUAAGGAGAGAAGCCUUGACCCUGAUUGACAGACACCUAGCAGCUCAUGCCCUGGAGCACCCAGACCUGGAAGAGUCAACACCUGUAGAGCCGCGCCAGGAGUCAUGCCAGCCCGAGAAGGAGAUAGAGGCAGAGAUCCCGAAGAGGGUUGACCUCCGAACGAGGGAAAGGGCGCCAGCUGGAGAGACAACAGAGGAAAAGAGGGCGAGAAGAACCAGGAGGAUAUACGAGAUAUGGCAAGAGAGGCAGAGGUUGGAGGCAGCGGGGGAGCUUCUAGAGCAGCAGCAGGAAAGGCAGAGAUCAGAGGCAGUAGGACCACUCCCAGGAAAGAAGAUAAAGGAAGCAGGCCAUGGGGUAAGCCUGGAGGUUAUGGAGGUGGAAAUCCAAGAACUUAGGGCAUUGGUGGCCAGUCAGGCAGCUAUCAUCGAGAGCCAAAGGCAGCGAUCUCAGGGAGAGGUGGACAAGCCAGAGAGCAGCCGACAGGGAGAGCAGAGGCAGCCAGGACAUGGUUUGCCAGGACAGCCAUCUGCAGCAGAGACUAGCCAGGAGCCACCUAUGGGGAGAGUCAUCCUGGAGCCAGAGGAGGCGAGAGCUCAGAGGGAGGCAGAGAGAGAGGCCUUCGAGUUUAGAGCCCCUACUGAGCUCGCCACGCUGCCUAUAGCAGCGGCUGGCCCAGUCAUACCCUUGGCAGUUGAGGAGGGAUUACCACCAUCCAGCAGUGAGCCGGCUCAGGGCUCAACAGAGGGAUCUAGGGACGUGCUUAUUGAGGUAGUGCACUCGAUGCAGGAGGAGGCGAGCUUGUUUUCGCCUGAGCAGAGGAUAGAGGAGCCCUUUGAGAGAGAGAUAGGGAUUGAGGCGGAGGGUGUCAUCGAGGGCAGGCUCCAGAGGUUGGGCACACCUGAGUAUGGGCCAGGGGGGAUUGAGGAUCGACCAGGGCCGAGUACCCAGGAGGUGGAGAUAGGAGAGGAGCCUUUGGAUAUGCCUCAGAGCCAUGAGCUGAGCAGGGAGGCUAGCGAAGCACCAUCGUCGCCAGGGUCUCAGAGAGGAAAGAAGAGGUCCAGGAAGUGGUUCGAUACGUCCUGUUUCUUCUGUACCAAGGAGGGGCAUCGAGCCUUGCAGUGUCCUAAGUUCCUGAAGGACAAGGCCGAAGGGAAGGUUACAAAGGAAGGAGGCAGGAUGUAUGAUAGACAUAGCAGGAGAGUAAAGAGAUCUGCAGAUGGGGGUAGGUCUCAACUAUAUAGGCAAAACCGGGAGGAGAUGAGCGAUCAGGACUGAGUUACCUAUAUGGUUGACAUGUUGCGUGUAGGACUAGAGUUAGGAUUGGAUCCUGUAGACCUAGGUGUUGU